GAGUCAGAAACCCGUGGCAGUUUUGGAACAUUAAUGAGGGCAUGCAAGUCACUUUUUAUGUCCACAAGCUCGUCAGUCUGUGAUAGGCGACCUACCUAAUUAAUUUCCAUGCUUCGUCUAUGAGACACGGUGUAUCACCUUCCUGUGGUAUUGAUCCAGCAUCUUUUUAUUUACAUUUUCAUCACGAGCAUCUCAUUUUGAAUCCUUAAUUCUGUAGCUGUAAUUUUCAUGAAAUUUAUAAAAACAAUUAGGAUAAUAGAGGAGUGACGUCAUUUAAGAAGCAAAAUGAAAUUAUGGCUGGUAGCGAUUCAUAUAUUCCUGGUGGCAACUAAUCUCUGGGUUACGGCUAAUUUCCAUAACGAGGUGCCUGAGGAUAAUGAGUUCGCAGAGUUUGAGGAUUUCGAGGAAGAGAAGCCCAGUGCGCCAGCGAUUGAUCGCAUGACCGAAGAGUUUCGAGAAGCGGAGAGAAGCGAAGCCUUUGAUGAAGACGAUGUUAUGGUUGAGGAUGGAGAUGGAGAAUUCGAUCAUUUUCAAGAUGAAGAAGAAUUCGAGGGACUGGAUGCAACUGGUGGAAAUGCUGGACCAAAAACAGAUGAGCCUUCUACGCUAACUAUCACAAAGGUCCCUCUUCAUCUACGAGCAAGAUGGGAUGGUUUCUAUUUGGAGAUUCUAAUGGUUGCCGGAUUAUUGGUCUACUUCAUUAAUUACAUAGCUGGUCGAACUAAGAACUGCCGUAUUGCAGAAGUUUGGCUGGCCGACCAUAGGCAGCUUCUGAUAGACAACUUUUCCCUUGUCGGAGAUACUGGAAGAUCCAGCGAUGAAAACCCUGAAAAUGGUCUGAUAAAAGAAAGCGAGUCUCAGUACAGCCUUUACUGCUCCGGUAGAGUUGGUUGUAAUUCCUUGCUGGUUGAAUUAAAAUUAAUCAAAAGGCAGGAUUUGGUAGCACUGUUGGCGCAACUUGUUCGACCACAAAAUGACCAGGCUCAUUUAAGAGUUGAAUUCGCCAGAGACGAGACUGACACUUUCGUUCUAGCUGUUGCAGCAAAAAGGACUGCUGUGCAUAUGGUCCGAGACAUGGCUGACAUUAGCGUCUAUUGUCCAGAAAAGAGGCCAGGUGAGAAACUGGGCCUUCCAGCAGGUUUCAAUGUAAUGUCUGAAAUUGCAGAAGUCACUUCGGCUAUUCUCGAUACCAGAGUUCUCCAAGCCUUUGCUAAAUACGCCCCCUACAUAGACUACAUCCACAUCAGUGAUCAGUACAGUGGAGCGAAACAACAGGAAGAUUCAGGCCAAUUGACAAUGCCUGAGGUGAAAAGAGUAUUAUUAGUCGGUCUGAAUAUAAGUAUUAAAGGGCGAUUACCAAACCCUGAGAGUCAAGAAAAGAUGCGACCUUUACUUCAAUUAACUUUCUACCUUGUGGACAAGUUAGGUCGAUUUAAAUUGUCCAAAGAGGGCAAAAGUAAAGCUGAGAAGAAUCGCUUGCGAGUCGAAGAAGCUUUUCUGAAGACAACACACGCAGCUCGAGCUGAAGCAGCUGCUCAACGCAGAGAGGAACGCAGGAGAGUAGAGAAAGAAAAAAUUCUUCAAGAAGAAGAUCCAGAUAAGCAAAGGAAAUGGGAAGAAAAGGAGCAACGAAGACUUGCCAAAAAACGUGCUCCCAGAAUGAAGCAACUCAAAGUCAAAGCGUUGUGACCUCAUGAAACUUUACGAACCUUACAAGACUCUGCUUGAACAAACCUCAGACAUUCACGCAGCGUCGUUUCAGUUUUUUCAAGGCUCCGUCUUCUAAACGGGAAGACUAAUUUCAUCAAGAAGAAUAAUAUGAAUUUCCUUUCAUGGUGGUUGGAUGGGAUGUAAAGAAGGGAGAGAGUUGCAAAUUUCCGUUAAAGUACUCUACCGUACUUCUGAUUCUUACUGCCACUUUAUACUUCACAUGGUCUGCCUUUUCGUUAAAUUUUUAAGAGUUAUUUAUUUUCGUUAAUGUCAACAGAAAAGGGAAUGGCAAAUUGAUUUAAAGAUGUUGGUCUCGAAUUAUUUAAACUGAAGAAAAGUGCAUGUGCACCUGACAAGGGUUAAUUAUAAUUUAUAGAAAGAGUAUUUAUUGUAAUUGAGUGUUUAGAAUUUCUACAGAGUUUAAACCUUACGACCAGAUACUGACUCAUAUUUGUUGCAAAUAGAAAACACAGGUGCCUACUAGUUCUUUGAUUUCUUUUCGAUACUAGAAAAUCCCCUCAAGGAUUCUCAAAACAUUCAUUGUAAAUCUCUCAUUGUUUAUCACGGUCACAAUUUAGUGUAAACUCUCUCGUGUACCAGAAUUGUUAGAAUGUGAUUGGACAUUACAGUGGUAGAUCAAACGAGGAAGGUACUGUUAUAGGUACCAAGUCAUGCGCAUAACUGAUACAUCAUUGACUGUAUAUAACAAUAAACACACGGAUUUUCAAUAAGUCGAAAUAACAGUGGAAUAAAGUAAAGUUGACUAA